AUGGCACCGAAUCCAAGGGUUUUAAAGGCCUUCAGUGCGAUGAACAACUUGGGCAUUGCUACAGAAAGAGUGAAACCGGUCCUUAAGAGACUUCUGCUAUUGUACGAUAAAAACUGGGAACUUAUUGAGGAAGGAAAUUAUCGUGCUCUUGCUGAUGCUAUAUUCGAUGAUGCAGAUGAUGAGCUAACAAGUGAGAAGAAUGGUGAUCCUGUACCUCCAUCUGAGAAACUACAUGGAAAACGGCCAAAAGUAACAUCCACCAAGGACAAUGGCAUUAAAAAUUUAGAACUAGAAGGGGAUAAAAUCCCUCAAAGUUCUAACAGAACAAGAUUAGUAGAUGUUCAUCAUGCACCAGUUCAGAAUGAAGGUCUUCAUGGAAGAGAAACAAUUCGUGAUUGCAACUUCGAUAAUGUAAUCAACACUAGUAAGAAGCAGCGAAUUAAUUGCUCUCCUCAAUUUUCUCUGCCUGCUUCAAAUGUUGGUCCAGGUUUGGUCGAAACAGUUCUGUUUCGGGAAAAGACAGAGAAAAAUGAAGGUUCAGGUUCAGCACAUGAUUAUAGCACAACCUUCCAAACGAUUCAUGAUAUAGCUUCAUCAACUUGUGGACGAGUGAUAGUUUCUAUAAAAUGUCAUCGCACCCUAUUGCAACAUAAUUUUCACAUUCCAAAUAUAAAUGAUGUCCUAAAAUUUAUGGAAACAAAAUAUCCGAUAUCAGACAACAUUUUUGGGCCCCAAUUUUCCCUGGUAAAGUAUUUGAAGAAAAUAUGUGAGGGUUAUGUAGAAUUCGAAGAUAUUUUGGCCGACAGAUCUCUAUCAAGCAAUUUACCUUACAAUGACAUUCACCAAACCUCGGCCCCCAAGAGAGAUUAUCUCAGAAUAGAUUAUCCAGCAAGGGAUAUGGAGAAAAAGGUUGUAAACUAUUCUGGAUCAUCAGAUUCAGUUGCUCUAGUGGUCGCUCAACGACAGCCCGUGAACAAAAUUAGUGGAAAACGGGCUGUGGGUAAUAGAAUCAGUGACAUAACAAAUGGAACAGAAAAAGUGUCUAUAUCACUACUGGAUGAAAUAGGUGGCGAGGAUCUACCAAAGUUUACCUAUGUCCCAGAAAAUAUUAUCUAUCAAUCUGCAUACGUGCAUAUCUCGUUGGCCCGAAUUGCGGAUGAGGAUUGCUGCUCAAGUUGUACCGGGGACUGUCUUUCGUCCUCGGUACCUUGUGCUUGUGCUCGUGAUACAAGAGGAGAAUUUGCUUAUACUCCAGAAGGGCUAUUAACUGAAGAAUUUUUAAGAUCUUGUAUUUCCAUGAAACAGAAACCUCAAGAGCACUAUCAAUUCUUCUGCCAGGAUUGUCCUUUAGAGAGGGCCAAGAAUGCAUAUAGUCCUGAGAAAUGCAAGGGCCAUUUAGAAAAGAAGUUCAUCAAAGAAUGCUGGAGGAAAUGUGGCUGCAACAUGAAAUGUGGAAAUCGAGUUGUUCAGCGAGGUAUAACGAGGAAAUUACAGGUUUUCAUGACCAACCAGAGUAAAGGCUGGGGUCUCCGAACACUUGAAAAGUUACCAAAAGGUGCCUUUGUUUGUGAAUAUGCUGGUGAAGUUUUGACAAACAUGGAAUUAUAUGAAAGGAAUAAUAGUAGCACUGGAAAAUACAAGCACACAUAUCCAGUGCUACUUGAUUCAGAUUGGUGUUCAGAAAAAAUUUUGAACGAUGAAGAUGCACUAUGCCUGGAUGCAACAUACUACGGAAAUGUCUCGAGAUUUAUAAAUCAUCGGUGCUUUGACUCAAAUUUGCUUGAGGUCCCAGUCCAGGUGGAAACCCCUGAUCGCCACUAUUAUCAUAUUGCUUUCUUCACUAAAAGAGAAGUGGAUGCCUACGAUGAGCUUACUUGGGAUUAUGGGAUUGACUUCGAGGAUCAUAACCAUCCUAUUAAAGCAUUUCAGUGUAGCUGUGGAAGUGAAAAUUGCAGGGACAAUGGGAAAAAAAUAGUAACCUCUAUGUUCUGA